AAAUAAAAUUCGUAUUUGAUGCUGACAGAGAAAAAAAACAAAUUACAAUGCUUAAAGAUUCUGUUCCAGUUUUAGCUUUAGAAGAUCAAGCCAAGAGAGCUGAAUUACAGCGAAAGAAGAACUGUUUUAUUUUGAUGAAACUUUUGAUCGAAACAGCUGAAAAAGAAAAAAUUUCUAACAAAGAUGUACUUCAAAAAUUAAAAG